CUUUUUUAUCAUUUCGAAAUUGACAGUUCGUUGUGGAAAGAUUUAUAUUGAACGAAGAGUUAAGCAUUGCAAGAAUAAUUUAUUCCUGCUGAAGCAAAAAUGGCUGACUUAAGAGACACAUCAGAAGCUUUGGGGUUGCCAGCAGAGGUGAGCCAGAGCCAGAGCAAGGGCCCUAAGAUGGGGCGAAUAAUGGACUCUGUGAAGAAAGCCCUGUAUAUUAUGGGUUCAUGCCUUCUGGUAUUUGCUGCUGCUCGAAAUUCAUUUCAUUGGCAAAUCCAUCGUCUGUGGGGUGCCACGGGAAGUUUCUGGCAGAGCUGCUGGGAUUACAUGUACACACACUGGGGAAAGGAGAAUGACUUCUGGUUCUGCUGUAUUGGAACAUUUGUAGUGACACAAGGAGUGUUUUGGCUUGGCAACAGUUUCUUUAUGCUGUUGGAUGUCUAUGGUGUGCCAGCAUGUCUACUCAAGUACAAAAUACAGGAGGAUGUUAAAGUGGAAAUGCCGAAACUGUGGAAGGCAGUCAGACAGGUGGUGUUCAACAUGCUCGUUGUGGGAGUGCCGUUUAUUUUUGUGGCAUCCUACCUCUUCCAGUUACGAGGAGGGUCGUCGACAAUAGGCGGGGAGCUGCCAACGUUCACCUGGGUCAUGCUGGAGAUUCUUAUAUUCUCCUUUGUGGAAGAGUUCUGCUUCUAUUACUCACAUAGGCUGCUUCACCACCCUCGACUGUACAAGCACAUCCACAAGCUCCACCAUGAGUGGACGGCCCCCAUAAGUAUUGUUGCCGUGUAUACCCACCCAGUGGAGCAUGUGAUCAGCAGCUUUCUCCCGCCAACCCUCGGGCCCCUCAUCAUGGCCUCACAUCUUGCAACUGCAUGGCUGUGGUUCAUCCUGGCAUUCCUGUCAACGACGAUCUCUCACUGUGGCUACCACCUUCCUCUCCUGCCUUCACCCGAGGCUCACGAUUACCACCACCUCAAAUUCAACCAAAAUUUUGGAGUGCUUGGUGUGCUGGACCGUCUUCAUGGGACAGACAUCCAGUUCCGUGCCAGUAAACAGUACCAGCGCCAUGUCAUGUUGCUAAAUACGGUUCCCCUGAAUUCCCAGUACCCAGCAGAACCCAAGAAAAAACCUGAAUAAGCUGGGAACCUACAACAACAUUUAGGGUAGAUUGGUUCCCCUUAAGAACCAGCAAAUGCUAUGAUUAUACGAGUAAAUUGAUGACCAGUGGUGCAUUUGUCUGCAUUAUUGAUGAACUGGUUUGACAAUUUAACAGAGUUAUUUUGCAAGGUUCAUGUACCUUAACAUUAUAUCAUUAAGUAUAAAUAGUUGUUUUUCUGGUGGAUAUAAAUCUGUGUUUAUGUUCUCAGUAAAUUGGACAUAUAUUUUCUUUAAAUUAGCAAUGAAAUGUUUGAAAGAUAUAAAAAAGGGGUAUAUUGUUAUUGUAGUUUCUGUUGUUUUGAAAUAUUGUAGAACCUGUUGUUGACAUUAGCCAGAAGUACAGUGUAUGUCUCAUUUAACUUUGCGAACACACGUGUCUGCUUAAUAGAGUGUUUACAGUUACGUGUACCAGUCUCAAAGUCUCUUUAAUAGUCUGCAUACAACAACUACAUAUUCAUUUGUUAACAUCAGAGAAAGAAUUUAUAUAUAAUAAUAUUUACUGUCUUUUCAUAAAUAAUAGUGUAAGACAAAUUUUACUUUAGUAGGCAUUGGUCAAUUUGGAAUAAACUAUUUAACCAAUCUGUUUUUUUGCUUGACAUAAAAGGGGCCAGUAUUCAUACAAAGAUUUUGAUUUUGAUACAUAUUUACCAGGCUAGGAGGAAAUGCUAAAACAGUUUCGAAAGACUUAAUGGCUUUAUGUGUAUUGAGCAAUGGUAUACAUGUAUGUUUUGUAAAUGUGACCAUGACUAUUGUAUUUACUAGAUACUUACAUUAGCUAUGCUAUUAUGGUGAUCUUGAAUGCCAUGACUUAAUGUGGUUUUACUUGCUGUUAGGAUCUUUUAUUUUCUCGAUAUAAGAAGUUGUUCUAUUUAGUACACACAUCCUUAACUAAAAUAGUCUUAUUGAAUACUUUAUUAAGUAUGUUUAUGUUUCAUUUAUUGCAUUUUGUUUGACUAUCUCUGUAUGUCUUGAUUUCUUGAUCUCAUUUUGCUGAUGUUUUUUGUUAGCAUGCUUUAGUUUAAAAUCAAUUACAAUUGUAUUUAUGUGUCUGAAAAUGUAUAGAAAAUCCUUGCUGUGUGAAAUACAUGUUCAAGUGAAUCUCCUUUCGCUGCAAUUAUAUUUUUUAUGUGUGUAGAUAAAACAUUUAUUGUUGUAUAUGGAAUGUCGUCAAGUAUUUCAUGUGAUUCGCCAAAAAAACAUGUAUUUUAAACAGAAGACAUAUAUUUUCAUCAUAUUUAAUCUAGAUUUGAUAUGUUGUUCACUGUUGCACUGUUUAUUCUACACUUUUCUCCACAUAUUAGUCUGAGAAUACAUAUAAUCACAUUUAUAGCAAAUAUAUUUUUCAGCAGGGACAGUUGACAGGAUUGUUUCCCAUUGAAGAAAACAUCCCCUAGUCAUAUUAUACACAGUGGGUAUUCUACAUGUAUUUAGCAUUGCUGUUUGGAUAAAGGUUGCCUCACCAUCAUUAAUUAAAUCUUCGAAUAAUAGUA